AGCAGCAGUCAUUUCCUCUCUACAAGUUCUAUAACAAGUUUCUGGAUAACAAGUUUACUCCCAGAGUGACAAAAAGAUCUUAGCGAGACAAAAACAGAAAACAUUUUUCAUCUCAAAGACGAAGAUGUCUAGGAAACGUUUGCAUCCGGAAAGCCCAUCAUACGCAGCUCAUGGUACAGUGACACAAAGCAAAAGAUUGAAAACAGAAAUGAAGAUGGAAUCUAGCUGCCAUCAAUGUGAACAACAACAAAGUUUGGCUGAGAUGGAGGCUUUUUACAGGCAGAAGUUGAAUGAGGCCAGGUCUGCUCUGAAGAAGAAAGAAGAAGAACUAAGAUCAUUCAAACAGAGAGUGGCUGCAAAUGUGGCUGUGUCAUUAAAGACAUCAAACACUGAGAGCAUGAACGACCCAGUCAGUAAAACCAGACUGACUGAGAUGUACGACAACCUGAAACUGCUGCAGUGGCCUAAAACGAAAGAUCAGCUGAAGUCCAGGAACGUCGGCCCAAAGGAGGCCAAGGAUCUGAUCCAGAAAACCUUUGGAGCUGCAUCUGAAGAAAUGAGGAGAAAAAGGGACCAGAUAGAGGAGGUGUUUCGACUGGCAGAGUCCACCACAGGAAUGACUCAAAAGGUUCAAGAGUUCAGACAGCUGACAGUUCAGAACCUAAAGGUGGCGCUGUUCCACAGCAGCAAAGAAGAUCUUCUAAAGACUUGCUUCCCUGGACACGGAGGUCAAAACUCACAGGAGGUGGAGGCGGAUCUGAGAUCUCUGACCUCUGAGUGCUUCUGGUUGGGAUGUUUGAUGGGUCUGAAUAAUCCUCCACUUCAGCCUGAUUGGAAGAACCACGUUACUUCCAUGGAUUCUUGGGACAUUUUCCCACGAGACAUUAAAAACUCAAUUGCACUGUAAAAUAUGCUCUCUUUUGACAUUUUAUGUGGGACUACUGAUACUAGAGAUACAUCGAUCUGAUAUCUGCUCCAAAGUUGACUAAUUAGCUUGAUAACAUAAUAUUAAUCUGAUGCAGUACAUUUACAUGGAACUGAUAUUUCUUCUUUAUUGCUAUCUAUUUGUUAAUAAAU